GUACUCUUAUCUGACUUAAUAAUAACACGAGACUUAGGUGACUUUGUUGGUGGUGAUCAUCUGAUUUACAGACAUGGCCAAUAUUUCAAGAAUGGGAGUUGUUGGUGCUGGUCAAAUGGGUUCCGGUAUUGCUCAACUCGGUGCGGUCAACGGCAUCGAUGUUUGGCUUUACGAUACAGAUUCUGAAGCUCUUAUUAAAGCCCAAAAAUCUAUUAACAAUAAUAUUCAACGCCUCCUUUCCAAAGGACAAAUCUCUCAGGAAACAAGUGUUGAUGCUGUAAAACGUCUUCGUUGUUCAUCCCGCUUGGAAGAUUUACAUUCAGUUGAUCUUGUUGUCGAGGCUAUUGUGGAAUCUGAACAAGUGAAGAAAACUUUAUUUGCCAACUUGGAUAAGAUUGUAAAGGGCUCUGCUAUCUUGGCUUCUAAUACAAGCUCCAUUUCCAUUACUCGUCUAGCAUCUGCAACAAGCCGACCCUCCCAGGUGAUUGGCAUGCACUUUAUGAAUCCUCCGCCCAUUAUGAAGCUGGUUGAGAUUAUUCGGGGUGCAGAUACAUCAGAAGACACAUAUUGUGCCACUAAAUGCCUGGCAGAGAGGUUUGGUAAGACAGUUAUCUGCUCUCAGGAUUAUUCUGGCUUCAUUGUAAACCGAAUUCUAAUGCCUAUGAUAAAUGAAGCGUUUCAUACGCUAUAUACUGGAGUUGCAACAAAAGAAGAUAUUGAUACGGGAAUGAAACUUGGAACCAACCAUCCUAUGGGUCCUCUGGAACUUGCAGAUUUUAUUGGACUGGAUGUUUGUUUGUCAAUCAUGAAAGUUCUUCAUGUCGGUUUAGGGGACGAUAAAUAUGCCCCAUGCCCUCUCCUUGUGCAGUAUGUUGAUGCUGGUAGACUUGGUAAAAAGCGAGGCAUCGGUGUAUAUAAUUACCGUGAUGCUGCCGCCAAAACAGGAGGAUCGCCUCGACUCUGAACUCAUUGCACUUGGAAUUUGUGGAACAACUGCAACUUGUUGAAACAGGCUCCCUCUUGUAAUAUCACUUUUAUUUUCCUCAGGUAUCAAUAAAAGAGGAAAAAAAAAAAAAA